UUAUGCCGGCGGAAGUAUGGAACAUGCAAGAACUACAACAUAUUGAGGUAUGGGGAAAAGACCUACCUACCCCUGAUGAUUCUGCUGUUGCUUUGGAUAGACUUUCCAGUCUUAUUGGCGUGACUGAAAAGAGUUGCACAAGAGAAAUUCUCAAGAGAAUCCCUAAUUUAAAUGCAUUAAGAAUCGAGGUAGAAUUGCAACCGUAUGAUGAAGAUGAAGAUGAUGAUGAUAGAAACUCAUUGAGUAACUUGGGUUACAUAUCAGAGGAACUCCAGAAAUUGGGAACACUCAAAUAUGAUGUGAUGAAUCCUGAUAUGAAGCGUGAGCGUAUGGUUCCUCUAUCAAUGUUCCCAUCAAGUUUGAGAAGCUUGCAUUUGAAUGGCUUAGGGUGUCCAUGGGAGCACUUGAAUGACAUUGGUUCGAUGCUACCAAAUCUUGUGGACCUCACAUUACAUGACUAUGCCUUUCGAAGCCCCAAGUGGAAUAUUGAAUCAGGGAGUUUUUUGAAACUGGAGAAAGUUGUAAUUGAGGACACCGAUUUGGUGCAAUUGAUAGCUCAGCACGGAAGUCUCCCAAUGCUCGAACUCCUAAGCAUACGCCAUUGCUACAAAUUACAACAACUCGAAUGGACGUGUGAUCCCUCAAAGGUCAAAGCAACCACAAUUGAGUUAGUUGAUUGCAAUCCCUUAGCUGUCGCUUCUGCCAAGAAAUUACGACCUGAAUCUGUCUUUAAAGUUCUCUGCCACUCCUCUUUUUGAUACGAGAAUUCCUAGCUCGAUCGACUCUCAAGUUUGGUUAACAGGCAUGAGUGGGAGCGCAUGGAGUAGUGAAGAUAGGUCAAUCUGUGGACCUAAGCUAAACAAUUAAGGGAUUUCCAGUUGUGAUUGUGAUGGAGGGAAAGUUACUUCUCAAAG